AUGUCUUCCCAGUGCGUGGUACUCCUGGCCGUUGUAGCCUGCUUGGUACACCAUCAGGUAGCGGCCAGGCCCGUUCGCAAAACAUUGAAUUUCAACAUGUUCGUAUUAAACCCGCAGCAUCAGGGUUCCGCUGAUCGAACCAUCCUAGCUACCGACGGGGUGUCGAGGUUCGGACCUAUUUUGGAGUACUUGGUGCAACGCGUUCAAGGCAUGAUGUCAGUUCGAUUACCAGUGGAGGCAAGUUACCACACGGAUGAAAAAGUUCCUGACGUAUCAGAAAAUGAAGUGGACGGUGUACAAGCGAAGAUGCCUGGUGUGGUCGUUCGACCUUCUCGCGCGAAGCCUGGGACAUACGAUGUGGAAAUCGAUGUCGUAGUCGAUGACGGACAGCCCAACAAAAUCGACUGA